GGGUGGAGUAUGUGUACUUCUUAUAGUCAUUUUGCUAAAAUAUAAUACGUAAUACGUUCGCAAUUUUGGAGUACCAAAAUACAUUAAAUGCUACGUGAAAAUGGACUUAAUAGUGAGAUUUCUAAAAUAAAUUUUAUGAUAGGUGGAGUAAUUGUGUUGUAGUGAAAAUGAAUGGUAAAAUGCAUAGUGAAACCGGCGCUUUCUCAUCUGAUAGCAUGCGCGCCGAAAUAUUGAACCCUUUCGUUCAUAAAUUGGAAUUAGAUAAUACAUACGACAAAAUAAAGACAGCAAUAUUCACUGUGAUCCUGCUUCCGUUCAGGGUGAUUGUGAUUUUAUACCUCAUUGUAACGGCCUGGUUCCUCGCCUGCAUUGGAUUAUACGGCCUCAGUGAGGAUGACCUGAGAAAAAAACCUAUGACAGGAUGGAGAAGGUCACUGAAGCCUUUAAUAUGCUUCAUCGGGAAGAUGUCUUACUUGGCGGGGGGCAUGGCGAUAUCGAUCAGGGGGCGUCAGGCAAGCCGGCGCGAGGCCCCCAUCCUGGUCGUCGCCCCCCAUUCCUCUUUCCUAGACAGCUGCAUAGUCUAUGCCACCAAGAUGUCUUCAGUCAUCGUUAGGAAAGAGAGCAUGGACAAUUAUGUUGGAAAAUUGAUCAACUACACGCAGCCGGUGUACGUGUGGCGAGAUGACCCUAACUCACGUCAGAACACCAUCAAAGAGAUUAUUGAAAGAGCCACAUCUAAGGAAGACUGGCCUCAGGUACUAAUAUUCCCGGAAGGGACAUGCACGAACCGUUCCUGCCUGAUUACAUUCAAGCCGGGCGGCUUCUACCCCGGCGUGCCUGUGCAGCCCGUCACUAUCCGCUAUCCCAACUCCCGGGACACCGUCACCUGGACCUGGGAAGGUCCUGGCGCUUUGAAAUUGCUGUGGCUGACGUUAACUCAAGUGCACAGCUCAUGUGAGAUAGAAUUCCUGCCGGUCUACUACCCCAAUGAGGAGGAGAAGAAAGACCCCAAGUUGUAUGCGAGGAAUGUUCGAGAUGUUAUGGCGAGGGCUCUGGGCGUGCCAGUGCUGGACUACACGUACGACGACUGCCGCGUGGCGGCGCGCGCCAAGCAGCUGCACAUCCCGGGCGGGGCGGCGGCCCGGGAGGUCAACGAGGCUCGCCAGCAGCUGGGACACAGACUCUUCGAUAUAUUUGUACAGAAGUCCACUGGGCUUCUGUACUUCCCAGACUACUUGCUGUGCGCGUAUUUCCUCGCGACGCAACACGCGCCGUUGACUGAACUUAUUUCUUACGCGUUUAAGUUAUACGAUAGUUCCGGUACCGGAAGUAUUCCGAUGGUGGACUUCGAGGAGAUAGCCACUAAAUGUAUGGGCUUGAGCGUGCAGGACGCACAGAGCAUCUUCCAACAUGCUGACUUACAGAAAAAUGGAUUUUUGACUUACGAUGAAUUCAUAUCAUACGCUCGGAAGCGUUCAGAUUUGUCGUUCAUCUUCGUUAGCGACGUCUCUCAGAAGCCCAAGUCGCAGUGAGAUGAGACACACAUACCCACCGUCUGCGGUCAACUGCCAACUCCGCAAUGUCACACAAGUGUGUGAGUCUGCAAGUGUGGCCCAAAUGAGCUAGUACGAUACAGCGUAUAAGUAUGCAAGUGUGAUACAUAAUUGUACACUUAUACUUGCGCAAGUGUGAUACAAAUGUGCUAGUAUGGCACAAGUCUAUGAGUGUGCAAGUGUACCACAAAUUUAUAAGUGUGCAAUUUUGACACUUUUGUGCUAUAAAUAUGCAAGUAUGACAAGUGUACAAGUAUGGCACAAGUGUUUGAGUGUGCAAGUGUGGCCCAUGUGUAUUACAAUUAAAAUUGUAUGCCACAAAUGUGCUACAUAUAAGCUACAAGUGUGCGUGUAUAAUACAAUAGAACCUGGAUGAGCGAGAAAUGGAUAAUAGAAGUACCUCUAAGAGAAACUCAGAUUCAAUUCCAAUUAGAUUCUCGCUUACUGAGAUUCGACUAUCGUAUUAUCUUCAUUUUAGAUUAUUACUAAUGGAAUUGCAUUAAACUAUGGUAUUUUGUAAUAGUAUUAUUAAAUUUUUGUUGUUUAUUUUUACUGUACUAUUAAU